AAUUUUAAUACCGAAAGUGUCCCACGGUACGUACGCCGCUGAAAUGGCUGCUGCGGCUACUGAAGAAACGAGCGCACUGUGUGUUGAGAGCGACGUACCGCCCGUGGAGACGAACGAGGGCAACUGUGAGGAGAAAGAAAAGGGUCUGAACGAACCGGAAACGAAGGAACCAGGCAGUAGUGUAGAACCGAAAAUGGAAGAGGUGGACGCGGAGGCCGGCGAAGAGAAGCCCGCUGCGGCGGCAGACAAGGCCGCGAGCGAGGCGGUGACAGACGACGGUGCUGUAACGGUCAGCCAGGAGGGGACAGCCGCGCCUGAAGAGCCGGAGCAAAAGCCAGAGUCGCGGCAAAUCCCGGAAGAUGGUACCAACGAAUCUGUGGGCGAUAACUCUUUGAAAGAAGCGAAGGAGGAACCGGGAGAUGACAGCCGGUGUUCGGCGAUAGACUGCGAAAAGGGCAAAACAGUUUGUGAAGAUGGUGAGAAACCCAGCGGAGGGCGCGGGGAGCUGGGCGACAAGAGGCGGCCGAGUGUGGAGAUAUCAUCCUCGGAUGGUGAACCGUUGAGCCGUGUGGACUCGGAGGACAGUAUCAGCAGUACCCUGAUGGAGAUGGAGAGCACGGUGUCCAGUGGGCGCUCCACCCCUGUUAUGAUGAACGGACAGAGCAGUGCCAGCUCCUCCGCGGCUAAGACAGUAGCUUAUCCCUGCUGCUGGGACCUCUGUCCGCAGUGCUUCAACUCCAGUCCUGAUCUGGCAGAGCACAUCAGGGGCAUUCAUGUGGAUGGACAGAGAGGAGGGGUGUUUGUGUGUCUGUGGAAGGGUUGUAAGGUGUAUAACACACCAUCCACCAGUCAAAGUUGGCUCCAGAGACACAUGUUAACCCACAGUGGAGAUAAGCCCUUCAAGUGUGUAGUUGGUGGCUGCAACGCCAGCUUCGCUUCCCAAGGAGGGUUAGCCCGUCAUGUCCCCAGCCACUUCAGCCAGCAGAGCUCCUCCAAGAUGUCCAGCCAGGCCAAACUCAAGGAAGAGUCCCCCUCCAAGGCCGGACUGAACAAGAGGAAGAAACUCAAGAACAAACGCAGGUGCUCCCUACCGAGGCCCCACGACUUCUUCGAUGCCCAAACCAUGGAUGCUAUUCGCCACAGGGCCAUCUGUCUCAACCUCGCCACCCACAUUGAAAGUGUGGGCAACGGCCACAGUGUGGUCUUUUACAGCACGGUGCUAGCCAGAAGGAAAGAGGGGUCUGGCAAGGUGAAGGUCCUCCUACACUGGACUCCUGAGGACAUACUGCCUGAUGUAUGGGUGAAUGAAACGGAGAGAUCUCAACUGAAGACUAAAGUGGUCCACUUGUCCCAGUUACCACAGGACACCGCCAUGCUACUAGACCCAAACAUCUAUAGAGCACUUCCUCAGAAGAGGCUGAAGCGCAGCCUGUAAGGAGUCGUCUGUGGACUCGAUACUUAAGGGGAAAUGCUUGUUCAUAGGAGGUUUAUCUUUAUGGGAUGGGACGCUCUUCAUCUGUCUCUGCUGAACGGUGGGGAGUGAAGUGGCGAUAAAAGGAAGUGAAACUUGGCUAUGCUGCAGGUCUCCUGUUUUCUCUCUUCAAUUUUGUAUAUCUGAAAUGACUGUUGUAGCCAAGCGUGGUGUAAAACGGGACAAACAAUUUAUGAAAUGUUUGUGUUGAUCAAAAACUUAAAUGAAUGUUUUUUGUUUUUUUUAACAAGCACCAAACUGAAAACAUGCUUAAUACUCAAUGGUGAGGAAAAAAAAAAAACUCUUUUGUGUAACCUUGUCAGAAAAACAGCAUAUUUUAUAACUGUUUUGUGUAAAAUAUUUAUGCAGAUUUUUAACUUAUUUUUCUACCAUGAAAAUGCUGGUGUAAUGUGGAUUUUUGUGAAGGUUUUGAAUAGAACCGUAUUUACUGUGAUAAUGUUAACUGUCACUUGUAGGAAUAUUUGGAAAAUUUGAGUUGUAAUUAAGUUGUACAUGACAGAAGUCUUAACAGAUUCUCCUAUUUAUACUUACUGAAUGCAGUACUUUUACCCGUGUGUAUGACAAUGAAGUGUGAGGUUGUGCCAGUCAUGUCAGACUUGUAUUCAAUGUAAUGCAAACUGUUACAGGAGCAAUAACUCAGUAGUUAAGGACACUACCGUGUAGCUCUUAAUCCUACCCAGACUGUAGACAGUACAAUACCGAAAUGACUGACAUUUCAGCACACACUUAAAAACUGUAAAUCACACCAACUUAACCCCCUCCCCCUAUGAACUGUUUUUAUCAUUGUUGAUAUGAUAAAUUUCCAUUAUUACUUUUUUAUUGUUUUAAAAAAGGUGUGUUUUCUACUGUAUGUUGUCGCUGUUGGAAAUGGAAUACUGUGUUUGUAAUAAAAUCGGGGAAAUGACA